AUGUCAAUUAGCAGCUCUGCUCUCCUCAGCGCCCUUGCGGGCUUCUCUCCCAUCCCAGACAAGAAGAUCCACUCCAUCCUCAGCCACGUGAUGCUAUUGAAACUCUCGGCCUUCAACUCGCAGACCACACGCAUCAUCGUCUGCCUGAAGAAAGAACACGAAAAAGUGUGGGACAUCACGAAAGAAGUCCUGCUGAACCGCAUAGGAGCCGAAAGAUUCCAAAAGAUCGCCCCGAAGCUCAAUGGCUUCCAAGCCGCUUACGGCACGAUCCUUUUGUUGUCUCCGUUUGCGUCCUACGCUGAACAUUUCAAGGCCUGGUCCGAACACACCAGUGGCAUGCAUCAGUUGAUGGCUUGGGUUGCUCUCGAGGCUGAAGGGUUCGGGGCGAAUCUUCAACACUACAACGCGAUUAUUGAUGAGAAGGUGGCUGCUGCUUUCAAUGUCCCUGAUACCUGGAAACUUUGCUCUCAGCUGGUUUUCGGGGUCCCUGAGGGCGAUGCCCCGGCUCCCAAGGAGAAAAAGCCUUUGAAGGAACUGAUGAGAUUUGAGGGAGCCGAAAUUUAA